AUGGGAGGCUUUGAGGGCCAUCUGUACCCAGGACUGUCUCUCUUCUUCUAUGGACUUUAUCAUGCACGACUAGUCUCCAGGGCCUUAAUAUGCAACUACCCUGUCCAGUAUCUGCCAAGCUAUCCCUGGAGCAAAGAACGAUGGGCAAGACUGCAGCAAGUAUGCUAUGUUGGGCUGGUGAAGAUAUUAAGUGCCUUCAUUUUAGCAGCCCAAGAGCUGCAUAACAUACAGGGACAGUUUGUACUUAUCAGCAGGAUAUAUCAUCAGAGAAACUUUUUGUACCGCAAACAGUGGCAACACUUCACUCUCUAUAUGGCCUUCUUUCUGAGCGGGUGUGUGGAUGUGGUGAGCCAGAACCUGCUGCCCCAGCGGUGUGCUGCUCUGGAGCAGGGCGCCCAAGCCCUGGGCAUGUUUCUCUUUCUGCCUCUGAUGGUGUCUCACAUGCAGGACUCCGAAGGUGUGGAGCUGCAGUCCCACGUCCUGCUCACCCAGGCCAUACUCCUGCUGGCGCUGGUGGUAGUCGCAGAGCUGUGGGCUCCCGAUAUGCUGCAGCUUUGGGUGAUGAAGGCCUUUUUUUAUAUGUUGACAGGCUCUUGGCUGAUUCAGAUCGGUUUUAUGCUGUACAAACCAAUUUCUGGCUAUAAAUGGAUGGACGAUGAUGAAAACGACAUUAUAUUUGUCACCACCUUCUUCUGCUGGCAUGUGGCUUUCAUUGCCAUGUUGAUGAUCUGGGUCUACGGCUUCUCCGUGGUGUGGUAUUGUUACAUUUGUUGA